AUGGCGGCCCAAAACUCGGCCGGUAUACAGACACUGCUAGAUGCGGAGAGAGAAGCACAGAAGAUUGUGCAGAAAGACCGAACAAAGAGAGUAAAGGACGCACGAUCAGAGGCGCAGAAGGAGAUUGAGGAGUACCGCCAAAAGAAGGACGAGGAGUUUAAGGAAUACGAGAAGAAGCAAUCGUCUGGCAACAAGGAGGCAGAAGAGCAGGCAGACAAAGACACCGAAGAGAAGCUCAAGGAAAUCAAGGAGAUUGGCAAGAAGACCGGUCCCAAGGUCGUCGAUGACUUGGUGAGAGCCUGUAUCGAGGUGAAGCCGGUGGUUCCAGACCGGGUGGAGCAGCCGAAGGCAUGA